GGUGUGGAUUAUCUGCUCAUCAGUCUCUGGCUCACAUCAUAUUUCUGGAGUUCCACAGUCCGGAUCGAUGGAGAUGAUUAAACUUGGUCUUAUAACUGCGCUGAUUUUGACAAACGUCUUCUGUCAAGAGCUGGACGCUGACAGCUGGAGAGCACGAAUCGAAGAGACCAAAUGGCCAAACACUGAUGUGAUCCGAGACUUUUUAGUGGAAAUGACCAGAAACCCCAGACUACGCCAACAUUUCAGUCUCAGAGGGAAGAAAGGAUGUGGAAAAAUACAAACAGCAAGAAAAAGGCACAAGUUUCAAACCUUCGUAGGCUUGAUGGGUAAAAGGAGGUCUGAUUACGAAGGAGCCCUGUGAGCUUUUGGAAGGUGGAAGAUUGGGACAGUAAAAAACAAAAUGUUUUGUUGUUUAGCUGCAUGCCUCAGUAGAAUCAGUAGCUUCGGUCUGUUGUCGUUUCAUAGAAAUGUGAUUUUGAAUAUUCCACUAGAUUCACGCAAUCGUUAAAAACUUUAGAGCAAACAGCGAAAUCUAGUGGUGCCAUUUUAAAAUGGGAAGACGAAUUUUGUAACAAAGCAUUUUCACUC